CUCUCACUUCCCAUUUUUUUCUCUCUCUGUCUCUGGAUCUUCAUUUUUAAUCGGAGAUUUCCAUUUUUUUUCGCCGGAAAUUGAUUUACAGAGAUCAAAAGCACGCCGGAGAUAAUUUUCCGCCUGACAUGGAAGAAAAAUGGAAGCUUUCAAAGAAGGAAUCGGGUUGUUCUUCUUCUUCUUCGUCCAAGUCUUUCUUCUCCAGAAGCGGUUCCACCAGAAGCACUUCCUCGAAACUACCAUUGCUAAGAAGCUUAUCACAAAAGCACACUCCUUCCUCCUCCUCCUCCUCUGCCGCCGCGACCGCCGCCACCUCUGGCAAAUCCCCUUCCGAUCUCCGCCGCAGCUCCUCCCAAAAAAACUCAUCCUCUUCAUCCAUUGGCCACAAAUGUAGCAGCUUGGCUAAAGAGCAAAAGGCUAGAUUUUACAUCAUGCGCCGAUGUGUCGCUAUGCUUGUUUGUUGGCAUAAACAUGGCGAUCCAUGAAAGCUCCAUUAAGCAUUUUAGCCUUCGUGGAUCUUAAGGUUGUUUUUUUUUGUUUUUUUUUUUUGGGUCUCAAAUUUUCAGAAUUUCUUUUUCCUUCCCCCAUUUUGUUAGAUUAAAAAAUGUAAUUAGAUAAUUUAGAUUUGGGGGUUAAUGUCGAUCCCGCUACAAUUUUCGAAUUUUCCCUGAUACCUUGUAAUAACACGAUAGAGAAAUUUAUACUUUUUUA